CUUCCAAAUUCUAGAACACAGUCUGCGUCUCCAGAGAGUUAGUUCCCUCCGCCAGCCACACUGAUUUCCUGAAAACCUCCAUUACGUUCUCAGAGAGCAACAGCCGGUACACGGUUCCGUCAGUACUCGGUUCUUGGGGCUGCAGCCUCUUUUCUUUCACAUGACUGAGGUUCCUCUUCUUCGAUUAGACGUGUGGCCUCCUAAUGCCGUCUCUUUGGCCCCUGUUUGAUGGCAACGACUCACUGAAUUUGAACAGCGGCUCUAGCUACUCUCCCCGCAACCGGGCAGCGAUCCAGAAGCGAAGCGAAGGUCACCGGGAAGUCAUUCUCGCGAGAGUACGACCAACUCUCGCGGUAUCUCCCGGGUUCCAGACUCCUUAGCGCGAGGCGGAACCUUCCUGCAGCUCACCCUCCGCGGACGCCGCCGUUUGGACGGAAGCUCCCGCGGGGCGACCCUCAUCCGGCCGCUGCUUCGCGGAAGAUGGCGGGGCCCGAGCCGCCGCUGCCGCGAGGAGGCCCGGGCUCCGCUUCGCUCUCCCCGCCCCGGGGAGACCGCACCCUCCUCGUCAGGCACCUGCCGGCCGAGCUGACGGCCGAGGAGAAGGAGGACUUGCUGAAGUACUUCGGGGCGCAGUCGGUGCGCGUCCUGUCCGAUAAGGGGCGCCUGAAACAUACAGCAUUUGCUACUUUCCCUAAUGAAAAAGCAGCAGUAAAGGCGUUGACAAGACUCCAUCAGCUGAAACUUCUAGGUCAUACUUUAGUUGUUGAAUUCGCAAAAGAGCAAGAUCGAGUUCAUUCCCCCUGUCCCACUUCAAAUACAGAGAAAAAGAAAAGGUCAGAUGACACUGUGGAAGAUGAUAAAGAGAAGAAAGAACCUGACUUUUUAACAAUAGAAAAUGGAAUUGCACCGAGUCAUGGGCUGACUUUUCCUCUGAAUUCAUGCCUCAAAUAUAUGUACCCACCACCUUCAAGCACAAUCCUUGCAAAUAUAGUAAAUGCUUUGGCAAGUGUGCCCAAAUUCUAUGUACAGGUGCUUCAUCUUAUGAAUAAAAUGAAUUUGCCCACACCAUUUGGACCUAUUACUGCACGACCCCCUAUGUAUGAGGACUAUAUGCCAUUGCAUGCACCCCUUCCACCUACAUCGCCUCAACCACCUGAGGAACCUCCCUUACCAGACGAGGAUGAGGAUUUAUCUAGUAAAGAAUCGGAAUAUGAAAGCAGUGAUGAGGAGGACCGGCAGAGAAUGAACAAACUAAUGGAGCUAGCAAAUCUUCAGCCCAAAAGACCCAAAGCCACAAAGCCACGCCAAGUGAGAAAAAAGCGAAAAUUAAAGGACAUGUUGAAUAUACCUUCAUCAACUUCACAUAGUUUGCAUCCUGUGCUGUUACCAUCAGAUGUAUUUGACCAACCACAACCUGUAGGUAAUAAAAAAAUUGAAUUCAAUAUAUCUAACAACAUGCCAGCGGCAUUUAAGAAAGAUUUGGAGAAGGAGCAGAAUAAUGAGGAAAAGAAAUCUGGAUUUGGAAAAAUCUUCCCCAAACCCAAUUUGAACAUCACAGAAGAGGUUAAAGACGAUUCUGAUGAAAUGCCUUCAGAAUGUAUUUCUCGAAGGGAGUUGGACAAAGGUCGAAUUUCUAGAGAAGAAAUGGAAACCCUGUCGGUUUUCAGAAGUUACGAACCUGGUGAACCAAACUGCCGAAUUUAUGUAAAGAAUUUAGCUAGACAUGUUCAAGAAAAGGACCUUAAAUUUAUCUUUGGAAGAUAUGUUGACUUUUCUUCAGAAACACAGCGGAUAAUGUUUGAUAUUCGCUUGAUGAAAGAAGGACGCAUGAAAGGACAAGCUUUUAUUGGACUUCCAAAUGAAAAAGCCGCUGCUAAAGCCUUAAAAGAAGCUAAUGGCUAUGUUCUUUUUGGAAAACCCAUGGUGGUUCAGUUUGCUCGAUCUGCUAGACCAAAACAAGACUCUAAAGAAGGAAAACGAAAAUGAUAGGAAUGGAUAAAGAAGCAUUCCUGCGUAAAUACUGCUGUAAUACUGUCAUACAAGAGUAUCCUUUCUUGUUGUAUCCUUUUUGGGGCAGUGGUUUUGUUUCAUUUUGUUUUCUAGAAAUGCUUUGUCUGCCAUCUAUCUAGAGUAAGCAAUACUUUUUAUAAUCAAAUGAAAUAUUUCUCAAAUUAGUUUUGUAGCUUGAUCAGAUAUUUUACGUGUAUUUUAGAUCGACUGUUUAAUUUUCUACAUUAUCAUAUAAUCAAGGAGUUUUGUUCAAGGAAAGUUAGUGAAUCAGGUCCCUUACUGUAUACAUAUGCUUUACUACAGAAUCUGGUAGUAUUUCUUCUAUACGUGAAUUUCCUCAAUCUACUUCAGGAACAUGCUUUCCGUUUCAUGGUAUAUCCCAUUUAAGUGUUGUUCUAGUUUCAUUUUGUUGCUAUGACAAAUACGCUGACAAAAAACAACUUAGGGAUGGAGGGACUUAUUUGUGUUAUAAUUCCAAGUUACAACUCAUUGUUGUGGGGAAGGCACGGCAUGAAUUUAAAGUAUAAUAUCCACAGUCAAUCAGAAAGAGAAUAAACCCAUAGAUCUUUUCUUGAUUAGUCUGAGCUAGUUUUUCCUCUCAGGGUCCCCUUUCCUAAGGAACAGUGCUACCCAAAAUUGACUGAGUCUUAACAUCUAUCAAGGCCAGGUUAUGCCCUCAGACCAACAUAGCCUAGAUAGUAUUUAUUAUGACUGUCUUCCCAGGUUAUUCGGUGUUGUGUCAAGUUGACAGUUAAAGCUGUCUAGCACAGUUCUAUAUACUAUGUUCUAAAAUUUGGCUGGGAAAGGAUAUUUUUUCUUUAGUAAUAAAUAUAUUGAAAACUAAUAAGAUUUCUAUAAAAUUCUCAACAGUACUUAUCACAUUGAAAGUCUAACUGAAAUGUCUUUGACAAUUGGAAGGAUUUUCCUUAUUCUUGGUCUUUUCAAAACUAAAGUGAAAAAUUCAAAAACAAAAUUUAUGUAUGUGUGUUCAAAUUUUGACAUACGUAUAUAUAAAUUUGAAAAGAAUAACAGAUAAGACAUGCUAGACUUCAGAUAGCUUAGUCAAUUUUUUUCUAGAACUAAGAACAAUGAUUCCAGGCUGUAUGAUAACUACAAUCUCUCUGAACAAUCGGUCUCAAAUUUUCCUGCACAUUUAUAUCCUGAGAACUUUAAAUUAGGUAAUAAUGAAUUACCUGCUUUCUAUCUUAAGAGUUUGAUUCUAGUGUAUUACUAAUGUAGAGAGAACCACCAUGGAAGAGUUUCUAUGUAUAAAUAUUUCUAGACUCUUUAUUAUAGAGCUAAUAAAUAAAAAUCACUUGGAAUAACUUCCAGUAAUAUAUUUUGAAUGGUUCCCUUAGUAGUAGAAAGGACCACUGAGAACUGUAGAUAAUACUUUGUUAAAGUGAUUGACCAUUGUAUACCAACUUAAUAAGGCAUACAAUGUUAUUUUAGCAGUAAAAUAAAAAUGCUCAACAUUUUGUGGGAAAUGGUGCUAAUAUAAUUGUGUAAAACUACUCGAAAUUCUCUUGUCACCCUAAUAGUAGAAGCUUUCCAAAACUGAGAUUAUAGUCACUUGCUAUAUACAAUUUAAAUAUUUAGAUUUAAAUAUUAUAAGUAGCAGUUAUUUUGUUGUAUUGACAUGAUUCACUAAUUUUCUCCGUAUAAGUAUUCGGGCUUUUUAAAGUUAAUGAAUUGAAUUAUUUUCAAUGGAAUUUUAUGGUGUUUUAGGUUCCUUCUGAAUUCUCUGCCUUUCAAGUACUGUGGAAUUAUGAGAGAAGAAAUUUGCCCUCUGGACUAUGGAACUGUGCGUAACAACUUUGAAAGCACUCAAAAAUCUCAUGUUUUCACAUUAGUGUUUGAAGAUACUUUAUAAUAGUUUAUUGCAUAUAUAAUAAAUUAUUUUCUUCUCAGCAGUGUUCAUAAUUUUUCAUUACUUAACCUAUAUGGCUAAGGAAGUGUAACUUAGCAAUUAAUAUAAACUAAUUAACUAUAAAAUAAUUAUUAUAAAUUAAUUUUUUAGUACUAGCUAUACAUUUUCCUUUAUACUUCCUAAUCCUAUUUUCCAUUCCUACCUAUAUACAAUGCACUUUCACACAUAUUUUUAAAAAAUAUUAUUUGGGUAAUUAUUUUAAGAGGAGUUUCAGUUUUUACUGAUACUAUUGCCUGCUGUUUUGGUAAUGGUAGAUUUGUCUGUUAUAAAGUAUUAAUAUUAGUGAUCAUUUCUAACCUAGAAUUUGAAUUUUAUAUCUUUAAAAUUAAUUUCUGUAGAAAUAUUGCUGAAAGGUAAAGAUGUUUCUCAUAGUUAAUUAUUUCUUUUGCUUGAUAAAAUUUAUUUUUAUUUAUUUAUUUAUUUAUUUUGGUUUUUCGAGACAGGGUUUCUCUGUGGUUUUGGAGCCUGUCCUGGAACUAGCUCUUGUAGACCAGGCUGGUCUCGAACUCACAGAGAUCCGCCUGCCUCUGCCUCCUGAGUGCUGGGAUUAAAGGCGUGCGCCACCACCGCCCGACUGAUAAAAUUUAUUUUUAAUAGAAGAAUUAGAUGUUUUUACAAAGGCUUUUAUUUGUCACUUAUAUAUUUAUAUAUAGAAUAUACCUUAACCUUAGAGCUGCUCUCCAAAGGCUGGUGCCUUCAUUGAUAUGUCCUUGAGAAUUAUAACUGUUUCCUUUGUUUUUAUGGCAUUGCAAAAUUGGCAGAAUAAAAGAAUUCAAUAUAGGGAUUAGAAAUAGAGGUGAACCCUGAGACAUGCUGAUAAUGUUUAGCUUGCCAUAAACAGAGAACAAAAAGGAAAAUCUUGAUCUGAUGCAGACAGUAGACAAAUACAGUAAUUCCUCAAUGAGUCACUAACAAUGAGUUGUUAAGAUUAAGGUUUAGCUGUACACGUGACCUGGAUCAGAAUGAACUAGUUAGCUGGAUGAAAUGAGAAAUAAUAUUCAGUCAAAUGGAAGAGAAGGUUUUUUAAAAAAAAAAAAAAUUGAGAGCAAUUCUUUCAGGUAAAUAAUCCUUGUAUGUUUAGUUGUCUAAAACUUUUUGUUUCAAAAUUAUAUGUGCAUAUACUGUCUUGCAUUAUCUCAUCCAUUUAGAAGAUAACUCCUAAAAUUUGUCUUUUUUUUUUCUCUGUGAAGAAGUUUUCCACAUAUUUAUCAUGAAUCAUAAAAUAUUAUUCCAAGACAGGACUGUAAUUUAUUUUACUGAAUAGAUGGAUUUUUAAAUACAUUUUUCAUUUGUGUUGAGAUUAAAUAUCAGUGAAAUUACUAGUUCUCCACAUUAAUUAUAGUUAUUCUAAUUAAAUUACAUUGUAGAAUCCAUAAAAUAAUACUCAAUAUCAAAAUAAUUUCUAAACCACCCAUAAUAUGACUUUGACAAAGAAUAUAAGUAAAAAUAUGUAUUAAAUUAGACCAAUGUAUGGACAUUUCUUGAUUGUCAUUUUUUAAAAUAGGUAUUUCAUCUUAAGGAUGUGAUUUAAUUGCUCAUAAUGAUAAAGAUAGUAAUAGUUAUACCAUUGUAAUGAUGUAUUUUCUAGAUUAAAUUUAAUUAAUGAUCUUCUAUAUAAAAAAAAUUUGCUGUCUAAAAUUUGUCUUUUAAGUGGACAAGAGAAAUAAGUCUUUAAUGGGCCAUUUAUUAACAAGUUUUUGUUUUGCUUUUAAGAUUGACAAGGACCAGGAUCUUUCCCUGGUGCAUAAGCAGGCUUUUUGGAGCCCAUUCCCUAUGGUGGAUACCUUGCUCCGCCUUGAUGGAAGGAGGAGGGGCUUGGUUCUGCUUCAGCUUAAUAUGCCAGGCUUUGUUGAGUCAGAGGCCUUCCCCUUUUUGAGGAGGGGAUGGAGGUGGGUUAGGGGAGUGAACAGAAGAGGAGGGAGGGCGAACUAUGGUUGAUAUAUCAAAUGAAUAAAAAAUUAAAAGAUUGACAAGGAAACUGUGGUAAUGGGACUGAUUAGAUGAUGAAACAUUGUAGAAAGGAGAGAAAUAUUUCUGAAUUAGAAAUUUUGC